AUGGUUGUACCAUAUGGGGCUCCGGAAUACCCUCAUCCCAGAAAAUUUGCCUUUGAUUCUCCCAUAAAUCACAUAGAGAUUCAUUAUCUGCCUGGUUCGUACGUCGCACAUGAUGGGAGUGCAGUCGUAGUAAAGAACGUCAGUUGCAUUCACGAGGAGGACAACGGUGUGCUAUGGAAGCACACCGAUUACCGCCCUGGUGGCCGUGGACAAACCAUCCGUCACUGUCGUUUAGUCGUCAGCAUGGUCUGCACACUCGCUAACUACGAUUUGUUUCAAAUAAGAACUAACGCUAUGUCGAAAACUCAUAUUCAUUGCAUGUUCCAGAGUAUAUCUGGAAUUAUCAGUUCUAUUAGGAUGGCAACAUUGAACUUGAAGUGGGAGAGUCAAACGGACUUCAACGUUACGAAGUGA